AUGUGGGUGUUGACCAGUGGCCUCGCCCAGUGCUUGUGGGAACUGCCAUUUGUACUGUGGAAGGUGCGAUACUUGCAGCCGCUGAAAUCCACCCAAACGCUGGAGGUUGACGAACUCUGGGCCUGGCCCUUCUGGAUGUAUGGCUCUGGUGACACUCGCUACAUGCGCCAGCACUCCUCCUCGCAUGCCACGGAGACGAUGCUCGUCAUCUCGGGGCCGUUCGAGCUUGCUGCCGUGGCGAUGUUCAAGGCACGCCGGCAUUACAAGACGGCGCUUUUGAUUUCCGCCUUGACGCACUGGGGGUUCUUCUGGGCGAACACAUCAGUGAUCUACAUCGCAGAGAUCUACGACAAUUACGAAAAUAUUGCCGAUGGAUGGGUGGGCUACUGGGUUAAGUGGGCGGGGCUGAACUUGCAGUGGUCAGUUUUGAGCCCUAUUUGCACCUUCGCGUGCCUGUGGCUCCUUUGCGGUAAAGUUCGCGAGGAAACUAAGUUUGAGAUGUCUCUGAAGGGUGAUUGA